AUGAUAAAACGACGUCGAAAGGAAGUACCUAUGAGAGAUAUGCUGACUCCCAAUCAAACUACUCGACAUCAUAAUAAUCCCUGGCUUCAUUCACAUUGCAACUCCCUUACAAAGUCAACGACAUUUACAGACAAUCAAGAUCUUCACCAACUCCCCACAUGGCUUAGGCCUUCUUCUCGUCCUUUGCCGACUUUACGAUCUCGAACUCGAAUCAACCAACCGGUUUCUGGUGGUCAGUUAGUUCUCCUAUUUUUCCUAGUUUUACUUUGCCAAGCCUAUGUGAGCUCGGCUGAAGAAGAUAGAAAUGAUGCAGCUUCCUCUGUAAAUACGCAUCAGCGCCAACAACAAUUUUUACUCCUUAAGGCCAGACGGAGUCCAAACCAGCAUUUGACUGGACUUUUGCAAUCAGAAAAGACGAUUCCACACAACCUUCGACUAACAGACGGUGGUACACUCUAUCCCUUCAGAUCUUCUUUCUCUCAGGACUACGAUUCUAUGGAUUUAUCAUCACAUUCCAGUAGAAAUCAGGGAGCAGGCGCAACUAGGAUGAAACGACUGCAAACAAACAUAUGGAACGAUGACAGCCAGCUCUCGCUGCCACUACGGCACGUUAAACAAUUUAUCGAUUCUUUGAGUCCGUCCUUCAAGGAGGACAUUACCCCAUAUCAGGCAAACUCUCUUACCCUCUUAUUAUCUCAGUGUAUUGAAUAUAUUGUAAGAGAGUGGCACUCCUUCCGGAAAACUCGUCGACAAAACCAUCGAAAGCAGAGAAAAAAUGCUGCACUGAAGAAAGAAGAAGCCUUACAACGCAGACUAAAUAGACGUCAGGCCCGCAACCGAGCUGAUCGAUUUAACAUGGUUGUUCUUGGGAGGGAGGCGCGAGCACUCCAAAGAGCUUCCUCGUUUGAUGAGUUUAAAAGAAUUCUCCUCCGUUCGAGUCUCAAAUCCCUCGACACACCAAGAAUUCUUAAUGAAUCCAUUCUAGAUGCUAGCAUUCUUCCUGAAGUCAGUGGGGGAGUUGUGUUCCACUCUCAGCACCCCCACCCGAAGGAUAAAAAGGUCCCGAGUAUCACAAAUAAAAAUCGGACUCUCAGCAAACGCAGCUUGGAUUCAAAUGAUGAAAAUCUAUUUGGGGAGCAAGAAGUAGAUAAUUAUUCUGAGGAGGAAUUGCGAUUUGCCUACGAGAGUUAUAACGAAUUUUUGACAAACGCCUGCAAACCUGUUAAUAAGACUCUAUGUACAAAGACUUUCUUCCCCAACAUGCAUAAGAGCAAAUCAACGCUCUUCCUCCCACCAGGGCUAUAUGUUCAGCGCUGUGACAAUCCUAUAUGGAGCUCAGUGUAUGGAUUUGGAAGUUCAUUGAACUCCUACCAAGUUAUGUUUGAUCAGGCAUCAAGAAUGCGUUCCAAGUCGGCGCUAAAGGCACUCUGUGAUGCUGCUGAUAGAAUGAACCCGAACGUGGAUACAAGAAGUCAUUAUGCUGCGGAUGCGGGUGGCUCGUGUACAUGUGGACUUCCUGAGGAAGAGUGCCUACCUACCGAAGUUAGGCUUAAAACCGCACCAGUUGUCGUUUACAACACUGCUGAAGGUACCACUACAACCGAAGUCAUCGCGCUGACCGAACAUAUGGCCUGCCAAUGCAAACGACGAUUGCCAACGCCACUCAAUGGAUCCUAUAUAAUGCCGCCUUGUUAUCAUGGUCAAAUGGAUGAGGUACAUUUAUAUUUCCGACACUGCCCCCGAGCUGACGGAAGAAUAGGGGAAUUUUAG